CAAAACGCACGUCCUUUGAAGUAGAAUAACGGAAAGGCUGACCGACACAGGGUACGACAGCGAUAAUUCCCACGCGCAAGUGAACGCAACGCCGAGUCAGAAGACAAACAUGGCGACCCGCAUCGGCAUGGUCGCGAGAUACGGAGUCCCUGCGCUUACUGCCCUAAAGCCGGUGGCCAGACGAUGCUCGAGGCAGCGGGCGCGCGUGUACGUCCCCAGCCGCUCGUCGCACGGAGCCCGGAGCAGUUUGUACGAGCACGUCAGCGAAGGUUACAGCGACAAGCCCGAGCUGGACAUGAGGGCGGUGUGCGAGGAGACCGACAAAGUCAUCGCGAACGUGGAGAACAGGAAGGGCGACCUGCGAGGGGACGAUGUCAGGAGGAUUGUGUGUGUGUGGCAGGAGCUCCAGGCAGUGAGGACCGAGAUCUCUGGACUGGAGGAGCAGAAGAGACACAUCAGUAACACAGUCAAAGCACUAGUGGCCAAGAAUGACAAGAAAGCCCUCGGUGAUCUCCCGGAGUACGCUCGGGCUCUGCAGCGCGGCCGCGAGAUCCGCAGCAGGCUGAAUGAACUCCACCCCAAAGAGACGGAGCUGGAUCAGGAGCACUACGGACGAGCACUCCGACUGCCCAACACCUCGCACCCUGAUGUGCCAGUGGGGGAUGAGAGCCAGGCGAGGGUGGUGGAGCUGGUGGGACAAAAGCCAGACUUUGACUUCAAGCCCAGAGGCCACGUGGAGUUGGGAGAGGAGUUGGGUCUCAUCAGGCAGCGGCAUCUCGCUCAUGUCUCAGGCCACAGGUCCUACUAUCUGAGGGGGGCCGGGGCCAGACUCCAGACCGCCCUCCAGAACUUUGCCCUGGACACACUGCAGCGACGGGGCUUCGUUCCCAUGGUGGUGCCCGACAUGCUGAAGGGGGCAGUGUUUGAGGGUUGUGGGAUGCAGCCCAACGCCCAUCGCUCUCAGGUCUACUCCCUGGACCAGGCCCGCUUCCCAGACCUCAACCUGGCGGGGACCGGAGAGGUCGGAGUGGCAGGCUAUUUCAUGGAUCAUGCAGUCAGCUGGAAGGACCUGCCUGCCAGGACGGUGUGCAGCAGCACCUGCUACAGAGCAGAGACGGACACGGGCAGAGAGACAUGGGGCCUCUACAGAGUGCACCACUUCAACAAGGUAGAGAUGUUUGGGGUGACGGCGGAUGAGACGGGAGAGGAAAGCGCUCGGCUGCUGCAGGAGUUUAUCUCUUUGCAGAAAGAGAUGUUCUCUGCACUGGAACUACACUACAGAGUGCUGGACAUGCCGACUCAGGAACUGGGUCCUCCAGCACACAGGAAGUAUGACAUUGAAGCCUGGAUGCCCGGGAGGGACGGCUACGGAGAGAUUUCCAGUGGGUCCAACUGUACCGACUACCAGAGCAGACGCCUCAACAUCCUGUACGAGCGGGAGGACGGCGGCCUGCAGUACGCCCACACGGUGAACGCCACAGCAUGUGCCGUCCCCAGAACCAUCAUCGCGAUCCUGGAGACUCACCAGACCAAAGAAGGAACGGUGCGUGUCCCCCGAGCCCUGCGGCCUUAUUUGGGCCUCGAGGUCAUCGAGGCCCCAAAGUACUCGCCGCUGAAAUACAUCGGACCCAACCAGCACAGUCGACCACCGCGGCCCGCCCCCAAAACCAGAUGACCCGAAUAAAAGUGCACACACACCUGCGUUGGGAGAGCCAGCUCCCAUUCAACGCCACCAAGUCAAGACAGGAAGUAGAUCUUUUAAAAGGGACUCUGGCGGAAAGAAAGUAGUUCCGCUACACAACGAGGUCGUGAUUUCUGGAAAGAGACUUUGCUGUUGAGAUUUUCAAAUGAAAUGAAUUAUGGAGAGAAACACACAACUCUAGGUACAUGAUGAUGAUCUCUAAAUUAAUUUAAUUUAAUUGAGUGCAUCAAUGUUUUGAGGCAUUGGAGCCGACCUUUAACAAUGCAGUUUACUGUCACUGUAAAUAUAUUUAUGUCUUUUUUUUUUUUUUUUUGGUUGAAUGCCGUGAAAUCGUGAAUGUUACGCCCCAAACGUCACGAGGAGGACCGCAAUAACCAAUAAAAAAGUGCAAAAGAGC